GUUCAGUCCAAGCGACACUCAGCUCAGCGCACCGCAACGACUCCUGCAAGCACUUGGGCGCUCCCGGCUUUUAUUCGGACGUUUCCUACUUCUAUGUCAUGACAAAAACUUCUUCCUCUUCAAUGAAAUAUUCUUCUCAGUUGAACUCUUCCACAUUCUGGACAAAUGGUCUCAUCUUAAAUUUCCUGGAAUAAUGGAUGACUUCCGCUGGAUUCCUUUGUACGGGUGGAUUUAACGCCGAUUGGUUUGCAUCAGAUCAGUUGUGCCUUAAAAAACAACAACAACAACAACAACAAAAAGCAUGGAGCUUUCUUUGGGAAUUCAUCUAUUAACAGCUUUGGUUUCGUGUGUUAAGGUUUAUGCCCAAGUGGUGCAUCGUCUAAACCAUCCAGGCCUGCAGGUGUUGUCCACGGCCUCCCAUUAUUGGCCUCUGGAUGCCGUGGACGGGAUCCACGGACUGUGGGACCAAAUUGGAAACAGACCAGGUUAUGUUAACGGAAGUAACAUAACUCUCAGAAUCCACAAGCACACUGUGCUCCCCUCCUCCCAUAACACUUCCUAUGUGUAUACCAAUGACUCUGCCUACACUAACAUUUCUGCAACAGUAGAUAUUGUUGAAGGAAUGGUCAACAAUGGCAUUUUCCUGAAUGGAGACAGCGGUGGCACUUUUCUCCACUUUGGAAGCUACCAGAACUCUUGCAUUAGCGACCCCACUCUGUGCGGCCCUGAUGGAAUUACCUUCUCCUUUUUUUGGAAGAACCAUGAAGCAGAAUCGCGUUUUGCUGUCGCAUCUGGAGGAAAGGUCAUCUCUAAUGGCUUCUCCGUCUACACCAACCCCCUCGGGGGGUACGUGGAGUUCUACACUCGAGGCAACAACCACAGAUGGAAAGCCAAUAUCGGAGUUCCAGGGCCUUAUUGGACCCACAUUCUCUUCACGUGGCAAAAGUCAGCGGGUCUGAAGGUUUACAUAAACGGCACCUUCACCGCCGGCGACGAAAGCGGCAGUAUUUCCGAAAACUACGGCGACCCCGACUCCGACCUGGUCAUUGGGACCGGCAAUGACAGGGCGUACGGCCACUACAUCACCGGGGCCUUUGACGAGUUCGUCAUCUGGGAACGAGCCCUUCUGCCCAGCGAGAUUUUUCUCUACUACAGUGCUGUGCUAGGUCACGCUGCAGAGUCCGCCGCAACCCCUCGCGUCUUCCAAGAACUACCUGUCGCUACGACAACCGCGGGAGCCGUUGAAGCGAGUCCUCCUGUCGUCAGCGGUUUGCACGAGGAGGUCCAAAGCUCCCGGGAUCCGGAGUCUCUGCCAGUUUUGGGCUUCCUGAAGGCUCUGCCCAAUAGGACCAUUCCUCACGACGCGGCCGGCAACCUGACGCAGGCUUUUCUCCAAAAUGUGGAAGAAGUGCUGUCGUCUCCAGGGUUACCGGAGCAGUCCGGGCCUGUGGUCAGCGGUUUGAUCGAAACGGUGGACCGCGUCAUGGAGCACAUGGUGGCCAACUUGGAGUCCAGCCCCAACGCGCUCAUCUCGCUGGGAGGAACAUCGUUUGUCGCAGAUUAUUCUUUGCUGAAAUUGCCGCAGAACUACAAUUUGCCACAUUACCGCUUCCCCACGCAGGGAAAGAACUACAUAUCUGUACCUGGGGAAGCUUUCACUACGCAGUCUCAAACCACCAUCGUCGGCCUCUUUUACCACAACAUGCACAGCUACUACAAAGAAAUCAGCCCCGUCAAGACCAGGAUUAACGAAGCCGCUCAUUUUAAGGCCCAUAAAAUCCAGGUAGCGAGCUGUUUGAUCUCUCUGAACGUGGAGCCAUCACCCGCCCUGUCGGUCAACCUCUCGGGUGCACCUCUCAUCAAGAUCGUUCUUACCCACAUUUUGAGUGAAGAACAGCAGGAACAAAUGUCAAAUGAAAGCAAUAAAAUCUUCCUGUACUGCGCCUUCUUGGACUACAGUUCCAAGGAGGGAGUAUGGUCCAAUCAAGGUUGCGUGCGUUCAGAGGGAAACAUGAGCCACUCGGUGUGUUUGUGCAACCACCUCACCAACUUUGCCAUUCUGAUGCAAGUGGUCCCCUUGAAGCUCACCGCAGGCCACCGGGUGGCGCUGUCAGCCAUCGGCUACGUCGGAUGCUCCAUUUCCAUCUUCUGUCUGGCCAUCACGCUUGUCACGUUUGCGGUCCUGUCGUCGGUGAGUACCAUCCGGAACCAGCGCUACCACAUCCACGCCAACCUGUCGUUUGCCAUCCUGGUGGCUGAGAUCUCGCUGCUCAUCAGCGCCAGCUUCGACCCGGGAACGCUGCCUUGUAAGAUCAUGGCUGUCCUGCUUCACUUCUUCUUUCUGAGCGCGUUCACCUGGAUGCUGGUGGAGGGCCUCCACCUCUACAGCAUGGUGGUCAAGGUGUUUGGUUCCGAAGGCAGUAAGCACAUGUACUACUACGGCAUCGGUUGGGGCUCUCCACUGGUGAUCUGCGCGGUGUCCGUCACAUCAGCUUUGGGGAGUUACGGCGAGGUUGACAACUGCUGGCUGUCCCUGAAGAACGGAGCCAUCUGGGCCUUUGUGGCACCGGCUCUCUGCGUCAUUGUGGUCAACAUUGGCAUUUUGAUAUCGGUCACCCGAAUAAUAUCUCGCAUCAGUGGAGAGAAUUACAAAGUUCACGGGGAUGCCAAUGCGUUGAAGCUCACCGCAAAGGCCGUGGCCGUACUUUUGCCGAUACUCGGCAUUUCCUGGAUCUUUGGAGUUUUAGCUGUUAACACGCACUCCUUGCCGUUCCUUUACGUCUUUGCCAUUGCCAACUCUUUGCAGGGCUUCUUCGUCUUCCUGUUUCAUUGUCUCCUUAACUCUGAGGUCAGAGCUGCUUUCAAACACAAGACCAAAGUGUGGUCUCUCACCAGCAGCUCCACGCGAAACGUCAACGUGAAGCCCUUCAACUCUGACAUUAUGAAUGGAAACAAGGAGGGCGUAUCCCCCGCUAAGAUGAACACAUGGGACAAAAGCACCAACUCGGCCAAUCGUAUUGACCUCUCGGCAGUGUAGACCGCCGCGUUGCCGGUGCGCGGGCACCAGUGCGGGUUGCCGAGCGUCUGCAAAAGUAUUUCCGCACGAUUUCACGUGAGUUACAGUCACCGCGGUCAGAGCGAAGGGGAUGCCGGAUGGGCCGACCGCGUGUCGCCGCACCUUUCCAGACAAAUAACGGUCUCAUUUAUUGUCAUAUUGCGUGAGAGAUGGGAGGUCAGCGAGGUCACAGAGAUAUAGCAUCACUCGGUGUCUUGACUAUGAUACCCUGUGUCUCCUUUUGUAUGUUUCUAUGUUCGCAGCCGUUCGUUUCAUUUUCGGAUGUUUCUUCUCUCUGCUUUGAAACGUCUUCCUCGGUCAGACGACGACAGGGAACGUGACCUCGUUUCCUCGGGUGUCCUUUCCACGCCUUCAAAGCAAUACACGUACUGUAGCUUUUGGAGAUGCCAGCUGCAAAAAUAACACAGCACGACGCCGCAGUAAAUUGAACCCCGUGCCUUCUCUUGAUAUGACAUACGGUAUUUAUUUUGUGAUUGGAAGGUCUGUUCCGUGUCUUUUCCUAUGUGUAUGCUGUAUGUUUGUGUUUUGUUUCCACUCUUGCCAAGAUGCAGUAUGCGAUGUUCUCUUAAGGAUAGGAAAUACUUGUUCUGUGAGGUUUUACAGCGUCUUUAACUAUUUCUUCAUACGAGUUGUACAUGGAAAUGUUCUGUCGACAACAGAAUGCCACAAUAGGAUUGUUUUUGGUCAUAACUGUGAGAAUAAAUGGAGAUGGCUUCUGCAUGUCAUUAAUCUGUAUCAACACUGUACCAACAACAGUUUUCGGAUGAAGAAGAAGAAAAGAAAAAAACAGGGUUCACUGUGUCUUUAAGCACUCGCAUGUCGAAUUGGAAUUGAAAUAUUGCAGCCGUUCAGUUUUGUAUAUGACUUUCAUUGCUUUUAUUAUCGAACUAUGCUAUGUUUUGUUGUCGCUUCCAAUUAUCUUUAUUAAAAUGUUUGAGACACAA